AUGUCAAUGCACAGCGUAGAGGGUGCUUUGUGUUCGUGUUCUAUGUGUAAGCUCACCUGCCACACUGCUUCGGUAUAUGCAAACCAGCGGAGGGCAUCAAAACACGUAAUGUUAGCCCGACCAUCCCCUUUCUACGCUGAAACGGGGGGACUUCCACCAGAGGUUCCACAACUGGCCCCACCCCCGGAGCGGCUCGUCGUGUGCCCGGUGUUCGAGGAAUACGGUUUCUGUCCGUUUGGCCGCAUUUGUUUUCUGCCUCACAGUGGAGAAAAAACGCCAUUAGUGGAGCGAAAAGGAACAAGUCGUGAGGAGUUAGAGCGUCUGCGGGAGAAGGCACGGUUGCAGGAGGAAGAAGAACUCUGGAGUUGCGACGUUUGCGGGUUCGAUGGCAUAGAUGAAAACACGCAGGGAAGGGUAGGAGAGAUGUAUUACUAUCGUAAUUGCCCCCGAUGUUCUCUUAUGUGUUACUUUCCACACAUAGCGUACUUGGUCGAUGCCAUCUUUGACGCCUCUGGUGAUGAUUACCAAAUCUUUAAAGAUGAAAUUGAUCGGUGUCGUAGGGAACUGCCGGACAUUUUGAAGGUGCCACUGACGUACGAGGCACACCGUAUUGCAUCAACGGCAUUCGCUUGGAGUCUCGUAUCUCCCAAACACGUGAAGGAUGCAUUGGAUGCUGCGUACAGGGCUCUUCCUGAGAUGAGUUGUAUUGUGAGUGUGGGAAGUGGCGUUGGGUACGUGGAACACAUUUUUAACCGUGUUGCCAAUGGCGUACCGGCGGCGCCAAGGGAUCCAGAUCCUGCUUUGGGCAUCUCUUCGUUUGAGGGUGUGCAUGCGUGCUUUUACCCCAAGAAAAAGCUUCCCAUAUACGCCUUUGACGAGGUUGCACUGAAUUGUCCUUACAGUGUGUGUGUGUCGCUCGGGGGACCCGUUGCUCUGCUCUCAUUGCAGUGUCCUACAAGUGUGCUACUACUCUCUUGGCCCCCAUUCGGCUCUCCCAAGGAGGAGCAGAGCUCCAUGGCGUUCGAAGCUUUGGAGUACUUCACACAAGCAGGUGGCAAGGUCGUCAUUUACAUUGGUGAUGUAGCUUCGACAGGUGACUGGCGUUUUCACGAACUCCUCUACACUCACUAUAAACUUGUGAAGGACUACACCGUUCGCAGAGAGGUGCGUCGCUGGAGCCCGCAAGAUAUGGGGCUUGUAUACGCUGGAAAUGAUACCAUUGGCGUGUACAAGUUAAGGAGUGAACGACUCCCUUCGCCACAAUGGCAGUGGGACGGGAGAUCCAGCUGA